AUGCAUAUUCAGUCGAUUCCCAUGUGGGAGGGUAGUGGUAACAACUAUGCCUAUCUCGUCGUCGAUGACAACUCCAAGGAUGCUGUUAUCAUCGACCCCGCAAACCCAUCCGAAGUACUUCCUGUUCUCAAGAAGCAGGUAGACAGUGGAGCCAUCAACCUCAAGAACAUCAUCAACACCCACCACCACCACGACCAUGCAGGCGGUAACGUUGAGAUGCUCAAAACAUACCCUCUGCCCAUCAUUGGCGGAAAGGAUUGCACAAAAGUGACCAAGACACCCGCACACGGCGAGACCUUCAAUGUCGGAAGCAUCAAGGUCAAGGCUCUCCACACUCCUUGCCACACCCAAGACAGCAUUUGUUACUUGUUCGAAGACGGCGAGGAUAAGGCCGUCUUUACCGGAGACACUCUGUUCAUUGGAGGUUGCGGUCGCUUCUUUGAGGGUACCGCUGAGGAGAUGCACAAAGCUCUGAACAAGACUCUUGCUGCUUUGCCUGACGAGACCAAGGUCUACCCUGGCCAUGAGUACACCAAGGGCAACGUCAAGUUCGGUAUCCAAGUCUUGCAGAGCGAGCCUGUCAAGAAGCUCGAGGCUUUUGCCAACGCCAACAAGCAGACCCAAGGCAAAUUCACCAUUGGUGAUGAGAAGCUCCACAAUGUCUUCAUGAGACUUGAUGACCCCACAGUCCAGAAGGCAACCGGAAAGACAAGCCCAGUGGAUGUCAUGGCUGCCUUGAGAGAGAUGAAGAAUAACUCAUAA